ACUCAUGCAAAUGCAUCAAUCUUGACCUUGACCUUCCCCGGCUCUGGGAAGCUGCAUUCUUCCAUUGCAAUAAAUGAUAUCGAAAUAUAGGGGAGCUGUCUAAAGUUACAAUCACAUUCAGUGCUGCAACUCAUGACAUCCCCCCAAAGCUCAAGUGGCCCUAUAAGGCUCUGAAGCGGCGAGCUCCUGUCAAAUAUCAGUUCAACGAAGACUCUAGCAUCCAGCACCAUAACGCAGUCAUGGAUCGCCCAGAGCCUGGUCUCAUCAAGUGGUCGCCCAAUGCGACAUACGACAGCUUUCUGCACAUCAAUUUACAGCAUCGUGUUGUGCAGAUUUAUGAGCCAACUGGUCAUGCGCAGCGCGGCAAGUUUGAUUUUCAAAAGCUGUCCAAGCAUGACGACUUUCCUCCGCUGACCACUUAUGACUGGUCCCCGACCAUUCCCGGCCUCGUCGCCGUGGGCACAUCGAAUGGUGUUGUCAAUCUUCUCCGCGUUGAUGACAAUCUAAAUCAUUACUUGGAACUGAAGCUGAGGAAUCCACGUGUCUGCCAAGCUGUGGCCUUCAACACAGGCAAUCUUCUAGCUGUUGGUCUGGAACGAGUCCGGAAUGAUCAAUGUCUGCAUAUAUGGGAUGUGAAUCGAAUCUGUCACAUGGACUCGACCACACCCGGCUUUCCCGUUGACGAUUCAACGCUCAUUGAACCUAUUCAUCGCUUAGAGCCCAGUGUUGCCGUUUCAAGUGUCAAGUUCUUCGAGGAUAACAACCAGCUCCUUGCGGUAGCGAUCAAGAAUUCGGGAAUCCGAAUUUACGAUCUCCGAGAUCCCCAUGUUCCCGCCAUAACGAAUCAGACCAAGUGUAACAACAACUUGGCCAUCGAUUAUGCGGACCAGAACUACUUCGCUUCCUCGGCGCUCGAUCAGCCAGGCGUCAUGGUCUGGGAUCGAAGAGCGAUUUCACGCACAUCUUCUUCUCCAGUAUAUCUCGACGCUGUUGAUACAGACGAUUUGCCUUGGGGGGCUGCAUUGAGGCUGGAUCGAGCUAUUGACGUCCAGGCCGAUCGAGAUGAAGAUAAGCACUCAUUAAUUCGCUCGGUGCGGUACUGUCGAGAUCACAGAGGCUUGCUGGCCGUCUUAUCCCGGACCGGCCAGCUCAAGAUCAUGGACACACACAAGGAGUUCACCACACCUGACAUGGAGUAUCAAGGCAGCCCUGAGCUAUUGCAAGUGCGGAGAUCUUAUGAGCUUGAUCACAGUUACGACCCCAAGAAAUCCGAUAGAAUUGUCUCGUUCGACUGGAUUACCCUUGAUUCCCCAGUCUUGACUCCAAGGGUUGUAGUUUUGCGAGCCAACGGCGCUUUUGACAUUCUCGAGAAGCCCUCAUACACGUCAGAGCAUGUCUACAAGAUGGUCCCAUGGCAGCCACCCUACCGUGGCGAUGAAGAUGGCAGCAACUAUCAUGACUUUAUGCAGCUCGAAGGACCUCAGUACUCAGAGAUGAUGGGGUCUAUACUUAUUGAGAAUGCACUUUCUGACAUACCCCUGUUCGGAGAAGAGAAAGCGGACAUCGAGACUAUUAUAGAGAAGGCGCUACAGCCCCGCUCACCAGAACAUGCUUGUGUUGAAGAUGCCGAGGCGAUUACUGCGCCUCUCCCUCGUUUAUUCACACAUGGAGCGACCAUGGCAGACAAGUUGCGAGGGUUGAGAAACUACUCUAAGCAGCACCUGAAAGUGAGCAAGUCCAAGGCUGGAUAUGGGCAACAUCAUCCGAGUCGUAAGGAAAUCGCCCCAAAGACAGAAGGGGUUGCUGCAGGCAAGGCCGUAACGCGCUCAAAUCGACAUUCGCAUGAGAAACUGCUCAGCUUGAGCCUCGACACGAAAGGAUUCCCCAAAGAAGCUCAGCUGGUUCUCGACCACGUUGCUCUUCUCCGUGCUAAGGAUAAAUAUCUGUUCGAUUUUGCAGCAAACCGAGACAUCGUGUCGGACGAUCCGUGGCUCCGGGACAUGUGGGAUUGGAUCGCUGGGGCAGCACAGGAUGCGGCUGAUGAAGGUAUGGUGGCCUUAGGUCUGGAUCUUAGCUACAUGGGGGUGCACGCUAUUUGGGCAAACGAUCUAGGCCGUCAAGCAGCAUCCAGACUGGGUGAGGGAAUCGUCCCGCCGGAUGCUGCAACCUUCGAGAGCUGUAUUGAAACCAUCAACCAAAGGUCUGGGCUACCGAGAUGGGACGGAGCGAUGACAGCCUGGCCGGCUCAUAGACGAGCCUGUUCGAGGAUAGCUCUCUGGGGCCGGUCUUCCCAGACGGACUUCAAUGACUAUGUAAAGACACCGGCGUCAGAGCGUAACUCCUCGUGGUAUACGAUGACGACAGCACACGCACUGUUCAUGGGCGACACCAAACAAGCAGUGCAAACUCUGAAAGCUGCCAGCACGGAGUACCCCGAGCUGCUGUUUGUGUCGCUCGCCUUGCAGCUGAUUGGACGAGGUGAUGUAGACGCCCAUCAGGCGAAGGAACAGCUCGACUUCGACAGCGCAGUGGCAUCCAAGACAGAUCCAUAUCUACGAGCCAUCUCAUCUUUGAUCGCUACGAACGACUGGGAGUCGAUCGCUAACCAAGAAUCUCUGCCGCUUAGAGAGCGCACAUUCAUAGCUUUCCGGUACUUCAACGAUGAGAGGCUGACAGCAUGGCUCGACAGGCAGGUGGCCAAGGCCAUCCACACGGGCGACAUUGAGGGCAUUGUACUCACGGGGAUCACGGACAAUCUCAUCGACAUCUUCGCCAAGUACGUUGAGAAAUUUCACGAUGUCCAGACGGCCACUCUAGUACUAUCUAUCUGUGCACCACGUUACAUUGACGAUUACCGUUGCCUCGCCUGGCGCAACGCAUACCGAGCUUAUUUGCAACGCUACAAGGCCUUCUAUCAGCGGACUAAAUUCGAAGUGGAGAGCACUAAAAAGAGCAAACGAGGUGACCUCCCGACCGUCAAGCCGCCGUCCCGCCAGAUCGCUCUACGCUGCAUCUACUGCGAUGCCGAGUACGAGCUGUCCAAGACAGGAUCUGGCCCGCCAUCGGCCGGGGAGCGGAGAAAUCCCUUGAUGACGACGAGCAUCAACGCCGGUGUGAGCUGUCCGACGUGUGGUCGCCACCUGCCCCGCUGCGUCAUCUGCCUGGAAGUGGUGGGUAUCCCGCGCAGCGACAGGCCCGAGUCGGCGACAGAUCUAGAGAAGAAGGUCGCAGCUAGGUUCCCGACUUUCUGUCUCAAGUGCGAGCACGUCCUGCAUCUGGACCAUGCGAGGCAGUGGUUCACCCGUCACGUAGAGUGUCCUGUGCCCGAGUGUCGGUGUCGAUGUAACUUCAGGGCGAAUCCGGAGCUGAACUACCAUUGAUGGAGAUGAACAGGAAAGUUUCGGGGUGCUUUGUUAGUCCCCCAUGAGAGAGUAUAACUGAUUUCCACGAGGCUAUAUUGUGCACAUAAUGAAGCUUCUUGCAUGUAGCACUAGAUACCAUCGAUCUUUAGGCAUGUGAAUUACUCAGAUCAGCAAUGAUCACCCCAUUUGGAA